AUGCUCUCUCCUCUCUCUCUCUCUCUCUCUCUCUCUCGUACCUUUAAAUUCACUCUAUUUACAUCAUCUCUCUUUCACCUCCUUACCACUAAAUUCUUCCCAUAUCUACUCCCUCUUCUGCUUUUCGUCAAUAUAUGUCUUUUCAUAUACAUCUUUUUUCUUUCUCACUCUCUCCAUCUCUCUUUCUCUCUCACUCACUCUCAUGCGCACGCAUACAAUCCAACACACAUACACAGACACGCAGGUUCCAUUCCCAUUUUAAAUUAUGAUAUUCUAAUCUUUCUUUGUUUUGUCUUUAAAUUCACUCCCUCUCUUUAUCUCCUCUUCUACUUUCUCUCUUUCUCUCACUGUCUUUUAAAUUCUCUCUCUUUUUUUGUUUGUAUUUUGGCUAUCUAUCUAUCUAUCUAUCUAUCUAUCUAUCUAUCUAUCUAUCUAUCUAUCUAUCGCAACCUGUUUCAAUCUGUUCACAUCUAUCAUCUAUCUAUCUAUCUAUCUAUCUAUCUAUCGCAACCUGUUUCAAUCUCAGUUAGUUCCUAUCUAUCUAUCUAUCUAUCUAUCUAUCUAUCUAUCUAUCUAGCGAAACCUGUUUCAAUCUCAGUUUGUUCCUAUCUAUCUAUCUAUCUAUCUAUCUAUCUAUCUAUCUAUCUAUCUAUCUAUCUAUCUAUCUACCGAAACCUCUAUCGUAACCUGUUUCAAUCUGUUCAUAUCUAUCUAUCUAUCUAUCUAUCUAUCUAUCUAUCGCAACCUCUAGCUAGCUAUCGUAACCUGUUUCAAUCUGUUCAUAUCUAUCUCUAUCUAUCUAUCUAUCUAUCUAUCUAUCUAUCUAUCUAUCUAUCUAUCUAUCGCAACCUUUUGUUCAUAUCUAUCUAUCUAUCUAUCUAUCUAUCUAUCUAUCUAUUUCUAGCACUUUCUAGACACUCUCCACAUAUAAAGCUUCUCCCACUUCUCUCUCUCUCUGCUCUGUCUCUCUCUCUCUCUCUCUGCUCUGUCUUUCUCUCUGCUCUUUCUCUCUCUCUCUUUCUCUCUCUCUCUGCUCUUUCUCCCUCUCUAUCUGCCCUUUCUCACUCUCUCUCUCUCUGCUCUGUCUUUCUCUCUCUCUGCUGUCUUUCUCUCUCUCUGCUCUUUCUCUCUCUCUCUCUCUGCUUUCUCUCUCUCUGUUCUGUCUUUCUCUCUCUCUCUGUGUGCUCUUUUUCUCUCACUCUCUCUGCUCUGUCUUUCUCUCUCUCCCUCUCUCUGCUCUGUCUUUCUCCCUCUCUCUCUGCUCUUUCUCUCUCUCUAUCUGCUCUGUUUUUCUCUCUCUCUCUCUCUGCUCUUUCUCUCUCCCUCUCUCUGCUCUGUCUUUCUCCCUCUCUCUGCUCUUUCUCUCUCUCUCUCUGCUCUGUCUUUCUCUCUCUCUCUGUUCUGUCGUUCUCUCUCUCUCUGCUAUGUCUUUCUCUCUCUCUCUCUGCUCUUUCUCUCUCUGCUCUUUCUCUCUCUCUGCUUUGUCUUUCUCUCUCUCUGCUGUCUUUCUCUCUCUCUCUGCUCUUUCUCUCUCUCUGCUCUUUCUUUCUCUCUCUCUGCUUUUUCUCUCCCUCUGCUCUAUCUUUCUCACUCUCUCUCUCUGCUCUGUCUUUCUCUAUUUUGUUCUUUCUGAUAACUAUUCUCUCUCUUUUUAUUCCUACGCAUUUUGUCGCCAUUCUGUUCCUCCUCUUUCUCUUACGAACUACUUCUCUUUUUCUCAACAGAAAGACGAACCGGAUAACUUCUUUCGCUCGUUUUCUUCUUUCUUCAACCUCUUCUUCCCUUCGGCGCCUUUCUCUUGUUCUAUCGCAUCUUGACCUCCUUAAUCACAAUCACCCACCCUGA